AUGUGUAUGAAUACUUUACAACGAGAAGGUCAGAAUUCUACAUUGAAUCCUUCUAUGAUUAAUACUGAAGCAUUAUCAUCGGAAGUAAAAGCAUAUCCUAGAAGUUCAUCAGAAAAUAGUCUUGGAUCUUUUGAUGAUCAUGAUAUUAUUGAGUUUGGUCCAAUUAAAGUAAAACGACGUAAAAAACCCGCACCUACAUUAGCUACUGGUCGUCGAUCAAAAUAUGAGAUACUAAGUCCAGAAGAAGAACAAAAACGUGAUAUAAGACGAGCACGUAAUCGUGAAGCUGCUGAACGUGUACGUAUAAGUCGAUUAUGUGUUGAACAACAAUUACAAGAUCAAAUAGAUACAUUAGAAGAACAAGAACAAAAAUUAUUAAACGAUGUACAAAGGCUUCAAUACCAAAAGCUACAAUUAGAAACACGAGUUUUUACGCAUGAAAAAAUGUGUCCUAUUAGAUCGUUAUCGAAUGCACAAAAUCAUUUCAUGCCGACACUUAUUUCAACUAGUGCUCCAAUAUCAACAACAUUUCAACAAGGAGAACACACAUCUGAUCCUUACUUUGAAGACUUAUUCUCUAAUUUACCACCUCCUGUACAACUUCAGUCAAAUAAUUAUUCGAAUUUAACAACAACAACGAUGCCCGGUGAUGAUUUAGAUAUUUUUUUGAUGGAUAUGCAAAUGAUAUGA